AUGGAUAGUGGCGCCAGCUCACCUCUGUACGUCGCGAACGUCAUCCGCUGCCUUCUGUCCGCGCUAGGAGUGGCGGCAAAUCUUUUAAUCCUCUACAUCAUCGCCAAAUACCCCACCAUCAGAACCAUCUCUAACGUUUACGUCGCGAACUUAGCUGUCGCCGACGUCAGUUUCUGUGUCUUCGCGCUGGUCCAGGGCGUUUCCUCCCUCCGCUUUCACAGUUUCAAAAGUCGAGUCGACAACCUAUUAGCCUAUUGUCAACAGAAAGAUGCAAUUGUUGAAAACAGCACUGCAAAUGUAACCAUGUCAAAUGACACGGUGGAAUUCCUAAAAUCAAAUAACUGCACGUGGAGGAGCAUGGAGAAACAGAAGCUGAUGUCUUUGAUAGAUGCGAAGCUGAACUGCGACAGUGCAAACCUGGUGAGCUCCAGGAGUUGUGACGUGGGCCGGGUUCUUGCCGUGUUUCUUGCCUGUGCGAGCAUCUUCCUCCUCACGGCCAUCGCAGUGGAGCGUUACCGGGCCAUCGUGAAGCCGCUGGACCACAGGCUACUCCGCACACAGAAGAAAGCCUGCCGUACCUGCGUCCUGAUGUGGGUUCUGGCGUUUCUGGCGGCGACGUUCGACACGGUGGUGCGAAACCUUGUGUCAAACGACUGGACGUUCACGUACCAGAGUCUGUUCGAGUGCGUGUAUCUGAAGCCGGAUGAUGCCAGCUCUGGCCACGCCUACCUCGCCUUGGCGCUCAGCAUCUCCGUCAUCCUGUACGCAGUGCCAGCAGGUGUGAUGAUCCCCAUAUACGUCAGGAUAUUCGUAACGCUACGUCAGCCACGACCUUUCCCAGCGAGGGCAUCGACCUCUCGGACGUUACCCAUGCUAUUCGUGGUGACGGUUUUCUUCUUGGUCUGUUGGCUUCCGUUCCACGUGACUUCCUUCACCGCGCAUUCCUACACUGACGGGGACAGCCUCACAGCAUUUUACGUGGGGACAGCGCUGGCCAUACUGAACUCGGUUAUAAACCCCUUUCUCUACGCCUUCAUCGGGAAAAACUUUCAAAAGCACAUCAGGAGAUUAUUCUGCAUUUCACCACGUGAAGAAGAGGAUACGGGAAGACGGUACCACGCAAGCUCGCGACCCUCGGUUGAUUCCAUAUACGGUUAUCGUGGUUCUGUGAUAGACAUUGACACCGCUGUACCGGCGCCUGCGUGUAUUACUGCCGUGUUGAGUUCACCUGAGUUAGCGCCGAAUGGUACCUGCACAGGGCACUUAGGAUUUACCCCCGCCAACUGUGAGCUCGUCGCAGUUCAGCCCCUGGCUGUGAAGAGAGAGUAG